CCAUUCGAGGGAUAACACUUCUGACAGCUUGAUGUGAUCUGUAAAUUUGCAAUUCCUCAACGUUUGUUUGCGAUUUCUAAGGGGUGAGAUAUAAAAAGCAUGUUCAAUUUGUUAAAAUUUACAAGAAAUUACAACUUAUAGUAAUGAAGCUUUAAAUUACAUUAUAUUGCAUAUAGCAAGCAGUGUGCAUGCAAUGUUUCUUGGACUUUAUAAGAUGAUGUUUCCAUUAGCGGUGAAGUAUUUCAGAUUUAAAAAAAGUUUUUAUAUUUCCAUGUUAACUUCUCAAUAGAAAAAAAAAAUUCUUAAUAAAACGUUUCCUUUAGAGAAUUUAAGCUUGGAAAAGAACAGUGAAAAUAGCUGACCAUUUUUAAAAGCUUGAAAAUUAAAAAUAGAAUGUUUAUAUGUAGGUGUUAAUUUAAAAAGACAAUUUUAUCAACUGUCUUACGUAUCUUCAUCUAAGAAAACUUAAAAACGAACCGAAAGGAAAGCAAGAUUAUACUUUAUUUCUUCAGCUAAUCUGAGAAAAGAUAACGCUCUAAAGCUGUUCUCAGGGUAAUGAGACUGUUUGCACAUCACGUAGAAUAAACAAGAUUUUUCAUUUGACAGCAGCUCCGUGAUUACAGAUUAAGUAAUAUUUUAGUUUCAAAAUUCGGAAUCGAAAUUAGCUACAAUUAUUGGUUUUUUUAAUUGCUAAGAAAUAAUCUCUCAAAAUAUCUAUCUACUCGAUAUAAAAUGUUAUCAAGAAAUAAUUCUACUCUUGAAGCAAAAGCCUAUUCAAGAAAACCUCGCAAUUCUAGUUCGCCUGAUGAAAAUGGAUUCUCAAACAAUUCCCUUCUAGGACUCCACAGCUCACAAACAAGAGAAAACAGCAACACUUGCUCAGAUUUGGAAACUUCUGGAGUAUAUGUUCCUGGAUACACAGGGCCCAUACACAAGUGGGAACAUCCUGGCUAUCAGUUUCUCAAUGAAUCAGCUCAAGUUACCAGUUCAACAGUUGAAAGAUUAUUCAAAGUCAUCAUAGUAGGAGAUGCAAUGGUUGGUAAAACAUCUUUCGUCCAAAGGUAUGUCAACGAUGUCUUCCGGAAUGAUUACAAAGGAACAGUUGGUGUUGAUUUUGCAAUGAAAGUAUUAUGGAAAUCUGACCAUGAGGUUAUCAAACUUCAGCUGUGGGAUAUUGCAGGUCAAGAAAGAUUUACUUGGAUGACUAGAGUGUAUUACCGAGAUGCUCAGGGUUGUGUAGUUAUUUUUGAUUUAAAUAAAAGAAGUACAUUUAACAGCGCGAUGAAAUGGAAAAAAGAUGUUGAUGCCAAAUGCCAAUUACCUGACGGUUCAUUAUUACCUGCAAUUUUACUAGGAAAUAAAUGUGAUCUGCCCGUACGAGAUGUUAACCAGGAUGAAAUUGAAUAUGCUUAUAAGCACGGUAACUACAUUGGAUGGACUGAAGUAUCGGCUAAAGAAGGUCUGAUGGUGGAUGACUGCAUGAAGUUCCUCGUUGAUGCUAUGCUUAGCAAGGAUAUUGGAACAGUGUCAGUAGUAGAUGAAGUAGACGAGGGAAAUGAGAAGAUUGAUGUACGCAAAAUCCAAAAGAAAAAGAAAAGCUGCUGCAAAUAACUUACUUUUAUUGUAUAUUUUAGAAUAUAUAUAUGUACAAUAAAUAACAAUAAAUAAAUAUUUAAGUAUUUUA